AUGUCAGAUAUAAAGCGACAAAAAUUAGACAAUCCAAUAGCUUAUCAAUGUCAGUUCGUUGUGACUAAAAAAAAUAAGACGAAACAAUGUCGAAUGAUGAGAAAGAAAGAGAACAGGUACUGCUCAGAACAUAUGAUACAUGACAAUGAAUCAUCAAAUACUAAGAAAAGAAUCCCUUGUCCUUUAAAUCCAAAUCAUACAGUAUGGGAAAAAGAAUUAGACACUCAUGUCUUGAAGUGUAAUGCAAAACCAAAAGUUGAUAGAAACCGCUGGUUCCAACUUAAUAUCAAUUCGACCUUACAGAAUUCCAAAGACUUUGAGCUUGAAAAAGAUUCAGAAACACUUAAUGAUCAAUAUUAUAGAGACCUACUAGAUAAAAUGGAGUUCGAGCCAUUAAAACUGCACAUAUGUGAACAUCCAGGACUAACAACACAGCUAGAACAAAAGACCUAUCAGAAACAUGUCCUUCAACAAUCAUCACUAAUAGGUAAUUUAAAAAGAUUAAAUUUACUAUCAACAGACACUUUUUAUAUGGAAUAUGGCUGUGGAAAAGCCGAAUUAUCAAGAUAUGUCAAUCAAUGUAUAAUUCAUGAUAAUUUAGCGGGUACUAAUUGUUAUGGAUACGGAUUAAUAGAUAGAGGAAACAAUCGAUUAAAAUGUGAUUCAAAAAUUAUACAAGAUUCAGAGCCUUAUGAUCUCAAUCCUAUAGUGAAGAGAGCUAAAAUAGACAUCAAAGACUUGAAGCUAGACGAAUUUAUUGAAGACAUUAAGCCACGAAACAUAGUUGCAAUUUCGAAACAUUUAUGUGGAGCAGCUACUGAUUUAACUUUAAAGCUGAUUUUAAAUUCUUCAAUUGUAGAAAAUAAUCAAUUUGGUGGUAUAUUGAUUGCAAUGUGUUGUCGACAUGUUUGUUCACAUGAUCAAUUGUUACCUGGAUCUAAACAGUUCUUGUAUGAUCAUGGUUUCAAAUCCGUUGAUUCAUUCAAUAAAUUGAAAAAAAUGGUUUCAUGGGCAGUAAAUAUUACAGAAGAAAGAAAAAGAUCAAGCAAUAGUACGGAAAAUGUACAGAAUGAAAGUAAAAACGAGGAGGAGCUGGUGUUAACACCUAAUCAAAGACACGAAUAUGGUUUAAAAGCUAGAAGAUUGAUAGAUGACAGUAGAGCUCAUGCAUUGAGGUCAUUGCUAAAUGAUCAAUACGAAGUAGAAUUAUUUUGGUACAUUGAUUCAGAAAUUACCAAAGAAAAUGUUUGUUUAUCAAUAGUUAAAAAGUAA